UAAACACCAAGAAACCUUCCUCUUAAACCCUGCAAAAAUUUCAAGAAACCCUAGACCUUCCGCACCUGCUUCCUCCAAUGGCCGUGCUCGCCCACCCGCCCCUCGCGCCGCCGCCGCCCCGGGUGAGCGCCGGCACCAUCGAGAGAGCCGUGCAGGCCCUGCUCAAGUGGAAGGACGCCAAGUCCAAGACCCAGAAGGCGUCGCUCCUCGAGCCCGACGACUUCGUCUACCUCAUCCUCACCCUCAAGAAGAUCCCCGCCGCCGCCCGCACCAACCCGCUCAAGAUCCCCCUCCCCCACCCGCUGGUCGACCCGGCGGCCGCCGAGACCUGCCUCAUCAUCGACGACCGCCCCAAGUCGGGCCUCACCAAGGACGCCGCCCAGAAGAAGAUCAAGAGCGACGGCGUCCCCGUCGCCAAGGUCCUCAAGCUGUCCAAGCUCAGGACCAACUACCGCCCCUUCGAGGCGAAGAGGAAGCUGUGCGAUUCGUACGACGUGUUCUUGGCCGACCGGAGGGUCGUCGGCAUGCUGCCCAGGCUGCUCGGGAAGCAGUUCUUCAAGAAGAAGAAGAUCCCCGUGGGGGUGGACUUGAAGCACAAGAGCUGGAAGGAGCAGGUGGAGAGGGUCUUCGCGUCGGCCCUGUUGUUCGUGGGGACGGGGACUUGCAGCGUCCUGAAGGUCGGGAGGGUGUCGAUGGGGAAGGAGGAGAUUGCCGCGAAUGUGGCCGCGGCGCUCGAGGGGGUUGCGGAGGUCGUGCCCCGGAAGUGGCGGAAUGUGAGGUCUUUCCAUUUGAAGCUGCUGGACAGCUUGGCCCUGCCCGUUUAUCAGGCGUUGCCGGAUGUGAAGCUGAAGAUCCAAGGGCUUAAGGAUAAGGAGGAGGAGGCGGAAAAGGAAAAGGAAGGGAAUGAGGUCGAGGAGGAAGGGAAGGGAAGCGAGGGCGCGGCUAAGAAGAAGGGCGCGAAGAAAGGGCGAAUUCACGAGGUGAGGUAUAUGGAUACCAAUGUGCAUUCAUUGAUGGAUGAGGACGAUGAUGCUGAUGAUGCCGACAUGGGUGAAGUCGAGGAGAGUGAUGACGACGAUAAUGAUGAGAUAGAUGGUAGCAAAAUUAAGGGGAAGAAGGGAAAACUUAAGAAGGAAGGAGAUGUUCAUGAAUUGGGUGGUGAGAAAAUUUCGAAGAAGUUGGUGAAGUCGCAGAAAGAAGGAGAAAAGAAGACAAAAACCACUCUAUCCGGAGACUCAAAGAAAGGGGAUGGUGCUAAGAAGACUAAGAAGAGCAAUUUAACAGUAAAAGAAGGGGAAGUAUCUAAAGGCAAGAAGGAGAAGAAGAGGAAGAUUAAGGUUUGAUGAAGGGAAGAGAGAGCCGGACAUUGAUUCGAUGGUAUCCGAAUGAGACGGAAUAGGCUUUUUACGUGCUGAUCACCGCUCCCUCGAAUCCUAGUGAGGUCGAGUAUGUAUGCCUUCCGAAAAGUUUUGGCUUCAAUUAUCGAUUAUAUAUUGAGUUUUAUCGUGCUAGUGAUUAAUGACAUGUAUUGCCUGAUCACUUGCCUUGUCUCUUGAUUGUCACCUUGUUGCUCACAGAAUGGUUACUGACCGUCAGAUUUUGUUCUGCUUGCUUCAA